AUGGCCGACCUCUCGGCGCUGCCCGACCCCACGCCCGAGACACUGCCUAUCAUUGACGCUGUCGACCACAACGAAGGAGAUGUCAGCGACGCCAACGACAACGACGCCGACAACGACAACGACGGCGACGACAACGAUGCCGCCCCCUCAACAUACAAGGUCGUCUGUGAAGCAGCCCCUCCUGAGCGGCGCUUCCCUUCGUUCGAAGCAGCCAUAGAGUUCGGCAACGCGUGGUCGCGCGACAACGGCUUCGACCUGGUGCGCAUCAACAAGGGCAAGCAGGGCCGCAACCCUCAAGGUGUCACGUACAAGUUCCUGUGGGAGUGCAAGCGCCACGGCAAGCCCGCCAACACGCGCAAGCUGACCCCCGACCGCCGCCAACGUGCUGCUCGAGGGUCGGUCAGGAUCGGCUGUCGCAUGCGCAUCGUCCUCGUCGCCGUCGAGCCCCAAGUGCCGCAGGGCGAGUGGCAGAUCCGGCACUGCGGGCGCAACGGGCACAACCAUGGGCCCGACAAUGCAGAGUCGUUCCCCGCCGUACGCCGCCGCACGCGCACGCACGAGAUGGACGUCUUCAUGGCCACGCAGCUGCGCCAGGGCCUGUCGCGCUCAGAGACGCUGCAGCUCGUGCGCCAACACUGGCCCGACGCGCUUGUCACUCGCCAGGACAUUGGCAACUUUGCAAAGACGUUUGCCCAGAAGAUUGGAGCUUCCCGACUGACGCCCGAAGCGACGCCAGACAAUUCUCCCAUGCCUCCUGUAUCUUCUGCUUCUGUCAAUGUCGCCGCCAAUGCACCUCACAAUCCUCAGCAUGCCCAGCUCCAGCACCCCCAAGCUCAGCCGUCUCUGUCUCAUCCACGUCAGCAUCCAAUGCAGUCGCUCGGCAUGCCGCUUCAACAGCCAAAUCCUGAAGCCACGCGAGCUGCCUACCAAGCUGGCUACCAGGCUGCCGUUGAACAGCAUCGCAUCAACAGUGACCUCAACCAUCGUGUGCAAGCCCUCGAAAGCUCCGUUCAACAUGCGCAGUCUUGA